GCUUCAUGGCGUUAAGGCCUGCGUCCCGAAUGCUGCGGCGGCUCCUGAGGUCCGGUGCCCGGGGCUGCAGCUCGGGGGCCCCGGUGACGCAGCCCCGCCCCGGGGAGCCCGCGAGACCUGCCAGGGAGGUCCCUCUAAGGCAGAGGAGCGAGAACUGAAUAACCCUAACGCCUGUGCUGCCCUCUCCCCUCAGACGCUGGACUGGGUCUUUUAUAUGGGGCUGUCCAUGAGGCUCCAGUUCCUGCAGAAGCAUGCAGCUCCCUUCUCCGCCUUCCUCACAGACAGCUUUGGCCGGCAACACAGUUACCUGCGGAUCUCUCUCACAGAGAAGUGCAACCUCCGGUGCCGGUAUUGCAUGCCUGAAGAGGGUGUGUCUCUGACCCCCAAAGCUGACCUCCUAACCACAGCGGAGAUCCUGACCCUUGCUCGGCUCUUUGUGAAGGAAGGUGUGGACAAGAUCCGUCUCACCGGUGGGGAGCCGCUCAUCCGGCCGGAUGUGGUGGACAUCGUGGCCCAACUUCACCAGCUGGAAGGGCUGAAAACCAUCGGUGUCACCACGAAUGGCAUCAACCUGGCCCGGCUGCUGCCCCAGCUUCAGCAGGCAGGACUCAACGCCGUUAACAUCAGCCUGGACACUCUGGUUCCCGCCAAGUUUGAGUUCAUCGUCCGUAGAAAAGGCUUCCACAAAGUUAUGGAGGGUAUCCACAAAGCCAUCGAGCUUGGUUACCGGCCUGUGAAGGUGAACUGUGUGGUGAUGCGUGGCCUGAAUGAAGAUGAGCUUCUGGACUUUGUGGCCUUGACAGAAGGCCUUCCCCUGGAUGUGCGCUUCAUCGAGUACAUGCCGUUUGACGGCAACAAGUGGAACUUCAGGAAGAUGGUUAGCUACAAGGAAAUGCUGGACACCAUUCAACAGCAGUGGCCAGGGCUGCAGAAGCUGCCGGAAGAGGAUUCCAGCACAGCCAAGGCAUUUAAGAUCCCUGGUUUCCAGGGUCAGGUCAGCUUCAUCACGUCCAUGUCAGAGCAUUUCUGUGGGACCUGCAACCGGCUGCGCAUCACUGCUGACGGGAACCUCAAGGUCUGCCUCUUCGGGAACUCUGAGGUGUCACUGCGGGACCACCUGCGGGCGGGGGCCUCGGAGGAGGAGCUGCUGAGGAUCAUUGGGGCAGCGGUGGGUAGGAAGAAGCGGCAGCACGCAGGCAUGUUCAAUAUUGCCCAGAUGAAGAACCGUCCCAUGAUCCUCAUCGGGGAAAUUCUGAUGCUUCAAGAUUCCCCACCAGCUGCUCGAAGAACUUUCUCCUGGGAUCCCCUACGUAUUCAGAAUCUUAGGGCCAAAGAGAGACCCUCUGUCCCGGUGGCAACUUUGUGGAAGAGGCUCUAUGACCCCAUGGCCCUUCCUCUGUCUCAGCAGUGCCUAGGGUCUGGCUCCCCUCAAAGACACUACAGCUCCUACCCAGAGCCCAACACUCACUCUAAGUGCCUUAGCACAGGACCCCAGGUCCCUGCUGUCCCCUCAAGUCCGGGGCCGACCUCAAAUCAGCUAACUCAUGUGGAUUCACAAGGACGGGCAACUAUGGUAGAUGUGGGUGGGAAGCCAGUCACAGAGCGGGUGGCCGUGGCCUCUGCUGUGGUUCUUCUUGGCCCUGUGGCCUUUGAGCUUGUCCGGCAGAACCAGCUGAAGAAGGGAGAUGCUCUGGCGGUGGCCCAGCUGGCUGGAGUCCAGGCAGCCAAGCUAACUAGCCAGCUGAUCCCGCUGUGCCACCAUGUGGCCCUGAGCCACGUGCAGGUGCAGCUGGAGCUAGACAGUACACGCCAUGCUGUGCUGAUCCAGGCACGCUGCCGGGCCCAGGGCCCCACUGGGGUAGAGAUGGAGGCACUGACCUCAGCCACCGUGGCUGCCCUUACCAUGUAUGACAUGUGCAAGGCAGUUAGCAGGGACAUUGUGGUGGCAGAGGUGAAGCUCAUCAGCAAGACUGGAGGUCAGCGGGGGGACUUCCAGCGGGCUUAGGGUGCCUCACUCCCUCCUCAUGUCUCCCAAAGGGAUACAAUUUGGGCUGAGGAAAAGGUGUCACAUUCCUCUAAAUCUACUCACUGUGACCUAGGGUCACCCCAGUAUUUAUUGUAACCUGUGAGGUGUCCUCAACACAAGACACCUCAGGCCUUGAUAACUCCCAAGACUGGCAAUGGAAGGUUUGAUGCUGGAUACCACCCCCACCCUCACCCCCACCCCCAUGUCAUGUCAUAUUACUUGGGUUGUUUGAGACAGACAGCUUUAGGCAUCCCUCUCAUCUAGGGUUCUCUCUUCUCUUCCCUGGGGAGAGAAUAAGGGCUCAUUAAGCAGAGGAACCCGCUCUGAGAAGGAAAAGCACAAGCUUUCUAAUGAAUGUAUCAGACUUGCCGCUCCCUGGCCUCCAGCCGUCUCCAACAGGAUACGGACCACAACUCUAAGGAUGUGCCAACAUUUACCCACACCUGGUUUUGCUCACUGUGGUCUGCCCACACCUCUCUACUCUGGCCCACAUCCGGGAAAGGAGUUGAAGGUGACCUUUACUCUCACAGCGCACAAAUAAAGCCAUGAUGCCAGUUUUGA